AUGAGUUUAAAAGAAGUAUUCGAAUCAUCACCGUGGAGGUCAUUUAAGAAGUUCAAUGAAGCUGCAAAGAGUUGGGGAUUUACUAACAGAGCUGAAGUUAAAAAGUUCUUUGACAAAAAUGUUGUACAUCAAACAAAAAUAAACCCUUACGACUACUUUUUACCAAUUUACUCCAACACUCCUGACGCAUACCAAUUUGACACUCUCAUUCAAAGCAGAAAAGGAGGACAUAAACCAUUCCUCAUCUUCAUUAAUGUUAACACUCGCAAAGCAUAUGCAUAUCCAAUGAGGAAUAAAGGAACUCGUGAAGUGUUAAGAGUUUUACAAAAGUUUGUAGCAGAACAUAGCCCAAGUACUUUAACAUCAGACCAAGACAGUGCAUACCUCAGCAAUGAAAUCACAGAUUUUCUCAUUAAGCAUAACAUAACUCACUACACUACUGAAGACCAUAACCAUAACAUACUCGGUAUCAUUAACCGCUUCAUAAGAACGCUCAGAGAUUUAAACCAAGAGCGAGACUUUACCGAAGAAACAAUGAAACAUUUUCUCGAAGUAUAUAAUUCCUCAACGCAUUCUACAACAGGACAUACACCAAAUUCAAUGACACAACAACAAGAAGAAAA